UAGGUUUUGGAUUUGCAAAAUGGCAGGUUGGUCGAAGAGAGUUGAUGGGUUGGGUUUAGAAGGUUUCAGGUCAGUGGACAAUGUUUCGAAGCUUGAUAGUGUUCUUGUUAAUCGUUUAUUAAAAGAGGUUAAUGGGUGUUUAUGUUUUAGGCCAUUUCCUCCAAUGCUCGGUGAUGGGAAGGCGGUGGAUUUGUGCAAGCUGUCCUUGGUUGUGAGGGAGAAAGGUGGGUACGAAAGGGUUUGUGCAAGUCGGUCUUGGGGUGUUGUUGCUGUUGAGUGUGGGUUUGAUUUAACAUCUGGUUUGGCUUUGAAGUUGGUGUAUGUUAAGUACUUGGAUGCUUUGAACAGAGCAAUGGUGAAACUUGAGCAACCUAAUAAUGAAAAGAGUGAGGUUAAGAAGAGUGCUUUGGGUUUUAGUGCUGUUAGGAUGGACCUUGAACUGGAUUUGAAGGGGGUUUUGAUGAAUGAAGAGAAGAAAGACGAGGAACAUGGGAAAAUGGAGUUUGAUCCUGCAGCUAAUGGAAAGUUGAGCGAUGGUAUUGAGGUUCAGGAUUUUGUUGAAAAGCGAAGUUUGGACGGUAGUGUGUGUGAUGUAAAGGGGAUUGAUGAAAAAUUUAGUGUUGUUAAUGCUGAAGAAGAUUCAAAGUUUGUGAAUCAAAACGAAGAUGAUCAGCUUGAUACAAAUGACAAUAGGCUAAUGAAGUUAAGUGGGGAUGAGGACGACUGCGAUAAUAGGAAGAGGAAGUAUAGUGAUGGAAAGAUGAUCGUCGGUUAUGGUGAAGAACAUCUGAAGAUUGACGAUGGAAAUGGAGACGUUCAGGGUGGCAAAGAUGGCAUUGGCCUAACAAAGUUUAGCGGGGAUAAGGAAGAUAGCAUUACUAGGAAGGGGAAGCGAGAGUCUAACUUGGACAUGCUUAAGUGGGUUACUGAACUUGCAAAGGAUCCAUGUGAUCCUGCCAUUGGGCAUCUGCCUGAAAAAUCUAAGUGGAAGUCUUAUGGGAAUGAGGUUGUUUGGAAGAAGGUUCUUUUGUUACGAGAUGAAAUGCUUUUGGAAGGGAAUGUGGAUACAAGUACUCAAAACUCCAUAUGGCAGCAAAAACAGAAAAUGCAUCCAUCUAUGUAUGAUGAUAAUAGUGGGUCUGAGCAGCUAAGGUGCAGCCAAAGGGUCCAAUCUGCAAAAGAUUCUUCGAAAAAAUCAGGUUCUCAUAGUGAUGCAACUCUGAUAGACAGACCUACUGACUCUUCUGCAGAGUCGGGAGUUUGGUGGAACCGUCGGCGUAAGAAAAUAGCAUCAAUUGGGUCAGAGUUCCAAGCAGAUAUUCCAGAGUGGAAUAAGGACAUCUAUGAAUCUGACUCUAAAUGGUUGGGCAACCGAAUCUGGCCACUGGAUAAAAAUGAACAGAGCAGAAUAUUAAUUGAAAGAGAUCCUGCUGGGAAAGGAAGGGUUGAUACAUGUGGUUGUGAAUAUGCAGGUUCUUAUGACUGCAUUAGGUUUCACCUUUCUGAGAAGAGAAAGAAGCUUAAAGUUGAGCUAGGAUCCGCCUUUUAUCACUGGAAAUUUGACUGUAUGGGUGAAAAGGUUGCACUCUCUUGGACAUCAAAAGACAAACAGAAAUUCCAUGAUAUAGCAAAGUCGAUCCCUUUGUCUGAGGAUGAGAGUUUCAGUUACUGGCCUGACCUUUUUAAGUUCUUCCCUCACAAAAGCAGAGAAUCUUUGGUAAGCUACUAUUUCAAUGUCUUCAAUCUACGCCGCAUAGGUCAGCAGAAUAGGAUGAAUACAUGUUAUGUUGACAGUGAUGAUGAUGAAUCAGGGUGUGGACCUAGAUCUAUUUCUUUUGGGCGGGAUCCUAAGUCCUCCAUCUCUUGUUCCCCGAAGAAAGCACGUCUAGAUCUCAUAUAGUAACAACAGGUGGAUGGAUGGAUUAACAUCAAUGGCUUUUGUUCAGAAAUGUAAAUUCGCGGAGUCUCUUGUUCUCUUUUACAUCAGCAAUAUUUUUGGGUCGGUGGAUAUGGGGGUUUAAGGGGGGGUUUACCGAUAUCAAUUUUUGUUCUGCAUUUCUCAAUGUAUACAGUUUAUACUCCCUUUAGAAUUAGCAGUGCUUGAAUCAAAGAAACAAGAUUUCUAAGAACACAAAUUGUCAUCUAGCAGCAAAGUCUCUGAGAUUUUAUAUAUAUAAUAUACAUGCUGCUCUUUACUGAA